AUGGCGGAGGAGAUGCUGCUGGCGUGGGCAGCCGAGGGGACCAAGAGCGAUGGGGACGCCAUCCGGACCCUCAACACCCUGCAGACCAACGCCAGCUACCUGGAGCAGGUGAAGCGGGAGCGCGGCGACCCCCAGGCCCAGCUGGAAGCCAUGCAGGGCUUUUUGGAGAGGAGCGGGCUGAAGGUCGAGGACCUGGAUCGACUGAACAUCAUCCACGUCACAGGGACGAAGGGCAAGGGCUCGACGUGCGCCUUCACCGAGUGCAUCCUCCGCAGCUACGGGCUGAAGACGGGCUUUUACAGCUCCCCUCACCUGGUGCAGGUGCGCGAGCGGAUCCGCAUCAACGGGCAGCCCAUCAGCAAGGAGCUCUUCAGCAAGUACUUCUGGCUCGUCUACAACCGCCUGGAGGAGACGAAGGACCCGGCACACGCCAGCAUGCCGGCGUACUUCCGCUUCCUCACCAUCAUGGCCUUCCACGUCUUCCUGCAGGAGAAGGUGGACCUGGCGGUGGUGGAGGUUGGCAUUGGCGGUGCCUACGACUGCACUAAUAUCAUCAGGGCGCCAGUGGUGUGUGGGGUCUCUUCCCUGGGCAUCGACCACACCAGCAUCCUGGGGGACACCAUGGAGAAGAUCGCCUGGCAGAAGGGGGGUAUUUUUAAGCCUGGCGUGCCGGCAUUCACCGUGGCGCAGCCGGAGCGGCCGUUGGAGGUGCUGAGGGACCGAGCCCAGGAACGGGAGUGUCCCCUCUACCUCUGCCCGGAGCUGGACGCCUUUGAGGGGGGCCACCGGGUGCUGGAGCUGGGGCUGGCGGGCACCCACCAGCGCUCCAACGCCGCCCUGGCCUUGCAGCUGGCGCGGUCAUGGCUGCAGUGCCGCGGCUGCCAGGGUCUCGGGGAGCUGAAGGAGGUGCCGCCAGGCGCCGAGCUGGCGGGGAGGCCGGUGCCUCUGGCGCCCGCCUUUCAACCCACGGAUGCCAUGAUCCAAGGCCUGCGGGACACAGAGUGGCUGGGCCGGACCCAGGUGCUGCCCCACGGCCCCGUGACGUGGUACCUGGACGGGGCCCACACCACCAGCAGCGUCCAGGCCUGCGUCCGCUGGUUCCGCCAGGCUGCCCUCAACCAGGACAAGCCCCACGACGGCUCUGAGGUGCGCGUGCUGCUCUUCAACGCCACAGGGGACCGGGACACGGCGGCGCUGCUCAAGCUGCUGCUGCCCUGCCAAUUCGACUACGCUGUCUUCUGCCCCAACUUCAUGGAGGUGUCGGUGGCCAGCAACAUGGCUGGCCCCUGA